CGUUGGUCAUUGCAUAUCAAAGAACAGCAGAUUAUAAUGGUUAUAAAUAUCGCUACGUUGUCACUCCUACACAUACGUCUGUUCGUUGGGUAGACUUCUAUAGAGCUGAGCAAGAAUGUGUCAAAUGGGGAGGACAUUUGACAAGUAUUCAUUCACAACAGGAGCUUAAUUUCGUUAAGGUAUAAUAAUUUAAUAUUUAGUUUACCAUUUAUAUUUUCGAGACCGGAUCAAAGUAGGCCACAAUCUCGUUCCCCGAGCCUGCGAUCCUUGGGAAGGAAACGAAGGCUCUGGGAUAAUCCAUCUCAGAAAUUAAUAUGAUUGGUUGCUGGUAUACAAUGGAAUGUUGCAAUUUUGCAAAAAUUAAUUUUUAACCGUAUAUUUUUAUAUACAACAUGGCGGCCGUUUAGGAGUGUACGAAUAUUGUUUUGGUUUUUCAGAGCUGUGCUAUAUACUAAUACUACAAAGGAAAUGCAAAGAAACGUAUACUUAAUGCGUAUAAUAUCACAACAGUUAAAUGGAGCGUGAAAACUUUACUCAUAUUUGUGUUGUACAGGUUUUCUGUAGUUUUAAUCUAUACAUAGUAUACAGUACUGUCAGUACACUGUACUAUUUAACUAUUUUUUUAAAUUUUAUUUUCCCAUGUAUAAAAAUCUACUUAAAAUAUAUUACAAUAAUUUGAAGAUGUUGGGCUACAGACCUACUAGAAAUCUUCAUAGACUUUUUAUUUAAUACUAUAAUAUCAAAUAUGUGCUAUAUUUUGCAAAUAAUAUUUGUGUCAGAAAUGGUUAAUAACUUUUAUUAAUUUGUCUUUGUGUUAUUUAAUUGCGAAGAACUAGUUAAUGACUAGUUUCAAUAAAUCCAAUCUUGGGAUUUACUGUUAUAUAUUUUAUUAUUUAAUGUAUAUACUGUGCUGUAAACUUUUCAAGUGCAGUAGUAUGUAAUUUUAACUCAUUUUAACUUGUAGCAUGUAGCCUUCCCUAUAUGGGUGCAUAUGAAUCUUUUGCUGUUAUAAUUUAUUUAUAGAAGAGUUCAAAAAACCUUUAUUCUCUAAAUAAACCACAAUUUCACAGGCAGUGAUAUUAACUUGUAUUCCAGUCUGCAUACACCUAAUGCACCUAUCAAUGUUAACCCCCAGAGGGGGGGGGGGGGGUCGGGCAUAUGUGGGGUAUUUGAUCAUCAAUUGCAUCCCCACCCUGGGGAUUUUGAAUAGCAUUUUGGCCCCGAGUUGGGGCAAUUUGAACCGAAUGAAUGACUUUUAUUAACAUAGUAUUUAUUUCAAUUUAUUGCAAAAUGGUGGGGCAUUUGACCAAUAUUUAUUGCCCAACGGUGGGGCAUUUCAUUGAAAAUUUGCUCUAAAAAUCAAAUGCCCCACCUGUGCCCGCCCCCCCCCCCCUCCUCUGGGGCUUAACAUUGAUAGGUGCAUACUGCAUAAUACAUAUAAUGAAUUCUUGGGUUUCACUAUGGCAUUUUGCACAUUCUGUCAUUGGUUCUGAUGGGGGGUCAACCUAAAAAAUAAAUGUAUUGAUGCUUAUGUUGUACUGGAGUGAGCAAAUGAUAUGAAAUUACAUGUAUUUGCUACCAAACACAAGGCCAACACAUACAGUGAAAAAUCAAUUCACUCUGAUGACUGUGUCUCGAUUUAGAGUUGACCACCCAUCAAAUUUAUGAAGUCAUAUGAAACACAAUAAUAUACAGUAUAAUAUUACUGACAGCUAAUUGUAGCAUAAAGUAUUUAAUGAUUUUAAUUUAUUGAGUAGCACAAUGUGCCAAAUUGCCAAUCCCUUUGUUAAUCUUGUCCACACAGUAAUUCAAAGAAGCCGGCCCUGCCCUUGUACGAGGUUGUAUUAAUUGGAUUCUGUCCAAGAAAACAUCAUAAACCUUUUGAUCCAGAUGUUACAAAGUAUGAAUUUCAGAUUGGGAGACCAUAUAAAUAUUUUUAAUAAAUUCAUAUACUUUUUUUUAAGAAAUGUUCUAUUCAUAUUAAAUGACAGUGAUCAGCCACCAAAACCAGAAUUCAUUUUCAUCAGCUUCCCCCUGGUUAUGACCCCCUGCAGGGAACCACCUAGGAUGCAGAUAUAAUUUUGUGAUGAAUGAUAAAAAAAUGCCCAAUAUAAAUGCCGAGCCACAUUACCAUGGUCAUGACAACUACCCUGUCAGUUUGAUUGCAAUAUCAAAACUUGUUAUUUAUACUAUAAAACAACACAUACCUACUCUGAGAAGGGGAGGGGCAACAAAAACUCGUAUAUUUCGGUUUUUCCCUUCCUUUCCAAUUCAAAUCAUGCUGGCCACGAAAACAACUUCCCGAUUGCCAAUACAAUAAAUUGCCAAAUGUCUGACAAUUUGGGCUAGCGACACCCCUGAAUGCUACAAUUUGGUUAUAAUUCAAUAAUUUGAAAAGUGCUGUUGCAUAUAAGGGCAGUUAAAAAUAUAACAAGGAUUUGGUUUAUAAACUGUUAAUUUCUAGAGAUGAUAUUAAACACAAUACAAACAUGGAAUUCACUAUAUUCAUAUUUUUAAUUAUAUGUUUUAUAUGUCUAAAUUCCUUUUAAUAUUCUCUGAUAUACAAAUAUUCUGAAAACUUUAAUAUUAUCAAGGUUUAUAACCGACUUAAUAUUAGAAUUGAGACUCUCUUCAGGUAUUUUAAUACUACAGUAGCAAUUAUUAAACACACACUAUUGUAAUUGUUUUUGUUCUUGAAAAUUGCCCUUUCCACGCGCUCUUUCAACCAUUAGAAACAUAGUAGCGUUAAACGGCUAAAUUAUGCUGGAGGAACCACAAAUGUCUCUACAUUUAAAGCUUUUUCAAACUGACACAGAGGUGAAUGGACAAGAUUACAAUUAAUUGUGACAUUUUUCUUCGACAACAGCACUCUUCGCGGCUCCUGCCGGCUCUAUACUGACCCUGUUUCACACGCAAUAUUUUCCUUAUUCAGUCGCUAACACACCUUUUGUAUCCCACUAUGAAGAACAUCAACAUUUCCACCAAAGUCCAGAAAAAAUCAUCAUUUUAUAGACGAAACAAUAAAAUAUUUCAAACAAUUUGUUUUGCUUUUGCCCACGCAUGCGCAGUUCGGUCGACAUACAGUUUUCUGUAUGUCUGAGAUGGAUUAUCCCAGAGCCUUCGUUUCCUUCCCAAGGAUCGCAGGCUCGGGGAACGAGAUUGAGUAGGCCAUUAUAAUUAACUUGUGGUAUUCAAAUAAAAUGCACCACUUUUUUCUCUCAAAAUAAGGACUUGUGUAUCCUGGUUCCAGAGACUCUUUGCGAGGCGAAAUAAACGAGAGGCGAGAACGUUGAGCCUCUGGUCGCACAUUGGUUGCAAAUCCCACUUCCACAUGUGAUUAGGUUCAGAAUAUGAAUCUCGCAUGUGAUUGGCUGUUUGUAAAAAUAUGUCAAACCGGUUUGGGAAAACAACAUUACUGUAAGCUAAUUGAUGAUUAUGAUUAUUCAGCUCACUUCCCAUCGAGGCUUUUCAGUGACCGAUUACAUCAAGUAUUACGCUUACUUAUAUUACCUACUAAGCUUAGACUAUUUAUUUUUACAACAAUUGUGAUAUUACUUUCCUAAGUAACUAUGUUUAUUCUAACCCACCCUGUCAACUUUCCUUGUGGGAGGAAACCAAACCGCCCGGAUAAAACCUACGACUUUCGACAGAGCGUUGACUGACUCUUUUCACAUCCACUACACGCGUAAAAACGCUCAUGCAGGUUGUUAUAGCUAUAAAAGCUAUAAUUAGCUUGUUUAUUUCCCAAACCGGUUUGACAUGUUUUUGCAAACGGCCAAUCACAUACGAGAUUCAAAUUCUGAAGCUAAUCAAGUGUGGAAGAGGAAUUUGCAACCGAUGUGACCAGAGGUUCUUCCUUCUCGCCUCUCGUCUAUUUCGCCUCGCAAAGAACCUCUGGAACCAGGGUACGACUGGUGAAUCUAACCCAAGAAGAAAUACAGACAAGAGACCGUGUGUUUAUUCCCAUUUUUCCUUUUCUCAAGGGUCUUGCUUCGCGGAAUGCCCUAACGUACAUUGGCUACGAUAUUAAUAAAUGGACAGAUGCAACACCAAAUGAUUUUACUGCUUGGAAAACACAACGAGGACGUCUUACAUACAAAGGAACAUCUUCUAACUUAAAACAACCAGCAUUCAUCUGCAAGAAGAAAUGUAAAUUUAGAUCUAUUUUACUGCCUCCUUUUAUAUGCUAGUUCCACUAACUUGCUGAAUUGUAGAAGUAUUAAAUUAUUGAUUUAUAGUCGUGGUAUAAUUAUAGACAAUAAUUGUUUCGUGUGCCAAGAAUGUUAUAAAAUUAUUAAAUUUUUCUAUUUUCAGUACCAGCAGGGUUGGUUAUUGCGUAUCAGAGAAUAGUAGAUAAUAACGGUUAUAAAUAUCGCUACGUUGUUACUCCUACACAUACGUCUGUUAAUUGGGUAGACUUCUAUAGAGCCGAGCAAGAAUGUGUGAAAUGGGGAGGACAUCUGACAAGUAUUCAUUCACAACAAGAGCUUAAUUUCAUUAAGGUAAAUUUUAUAUUAUUUAUAUACCAAUUACUUUUUCAUGGGCGAACCAAGGUCGGCAUUCUAAAUAAUUUGUAGUAUUCAAUUGAGGUGGAUUAGCAGCGCAUGUUCCCAAGGAGUCUGGGCAAGAGACCUUCCGCUCAUUUCCAGCUUUUCUUUCUUCAAGGGUCUAGCUACGAGGGGUGCCUUAACCUACGUUGGUCAUGAUAUCAAUAAAUGGACAGAUGGAACACGAAAUGACUUUACUGCUUGGAAAACUCAACUAGCUCCACGUCUUACCUUCAAAAGAACAUCUUCUAACCUAAAACAACCAGCUUUCAUCUGCAAGAGGAAAUGUAAAUUUAAAUCUACUUUAAUGCCUUCUCUUUUGCCACUUCCAUUAAUUUAGCAUUAACUUAUAUCCACAUAUAUAUGUUUUUAUUCUGAUACUAACAAUUGAAUUUAUACUAAUUUUUAGUGCCAAGGUUGGUUAUUGCGUAUCAAAGAAUAGUAGAUUAUAAUGGUUAUAAAUAUCGCUACGUUGUUACUCCUACACAUACGUCUGUUAAUUGGGUAGACUUCUAUAGAGCCGAGCAAGAAUGUGUGAAAUGGGGAGGACAUCUGACAAGUAUUCAUUCACAACAAGAGCUUAAUUUCAUUAAGGUAAAUUUUAUAUUAUUUAUACCAAUUACUUUUUCAAGGGCGAACCAAGGUCGGCAUUCUAAAUAAUUUGUAGUAUUCAAUUGAGGUGGAUUAGCGGUGCAUGUUCCCGAGAAGUCUGGGCAAGAGACCUCUGGUCAUCCCCAGUUUUUCUUCUUUCAAGGGUCUUGCUACAAGGGGUGCCUUAACGUACGUUGGUCAUGAUAUCAAUAAAUGGACAGAUGGAACACGAAAUGACUUUACUGCUUGGAAAACUCAACUAGCUCCACGUCUUACCUACAAAAGAACAUCUUCUAACCUAAAACAACCAGCUUUCAUCUGCAAGAGGAAAUGUAAAUUUAAAUCUACUUUACUGCCUUUUCUUUUGCUACUUUCAUUAAUUUAGCAUUAACUUAUAUCCACAUAUAUAUGUUUUUAUACUGAUAUUAACUAUUGAAUUUAUACUAAUUUUUAGUACCAAGUUUGGUUAUUGGAUAUCAGAGAAUAGUAGAUUAUAAUGGUUAUAAAUAUCGCUACGUCGUCACUCCUACACAUACGUCUGUUCAUUGGGUAGACUUCUAUAGAGCUGAGCAAGAAUGUGUUAAAUGGGGAGGACAUUUGACAAGCAUUCAUUCACAACAAGAGCUUAAUUUCAUUAAGGUAUACAAUUCAAUAUUUUAUUUACCAUUUACAUUUUCGAGGGCGGACGAAAAUUGGCUAUGACAAAACAGACAAAUAGCAUGUGCAUGGUAUUUGAGUAAUGUGCAUCUUUUUUUUUCCUGAAAACAACGAUUAAUUUGUCCUUUCCACGAAUUCAACAGGAUUUGGACAAGAAACUGUGCGCUCAUUCCCAAUUUUCCUCUUUUCAAGGGUCUUGUUACAAGGAGUGCCUUAACGUACAUUGGUCAUGAUAUUAAUAAAUGGACAGAUGGAACACCAAAUGACUUUAUUGCUUGGAAAACUCAACUAGCUCCACGUCUUACCUACAAAAGAACAUCUUCUAACGUAAAACAACCAGCUUUCAUUUGUAAAAGAAAAG